CCUUUGGUGAGGGGGGUUGGUAAUGACAACUAAAAGCCCGCUUAAGUUCGUAGUGCAGACGUCUCUCCGAUUUCCCUAGUCACUGUCGUUGACAGGACCGCCUCCCCGUUGUAGCCGGUCGGCCUUGCACCGAAUGCCCCGUCUUUGGCGUUCCUUUCUCCCCUUGGGUCUACCAAGGCCGCUCAUGCGCGGUCCUCCCUCAGUUUUCUGAGGAGCUUAAGCAUUCCCGAGCCCUCCGCGCGUCCCUAGGGGCAUUCGCUCUGUGUCAUCGGGCUUGGUAGGUUCCGCCCCUGUCCUCCUGCCGGGGCUCGCAGACGGAGACUGAAGGGGUAAAGAGUCAACAGGAGCCGCUGCCGCUUCAUCCAUCUGCCACCCGGGCUGCUCCCUCCGAGCGGAACUCGCCUGCUGCACUCAGGCAAACCAAGGCCGAGCGGAGCCGAACCCGGAGCGAGCGGCAGAGCUGGCUGAUCGCUGUACAGCCAAGUGAAAGGAAGGGGCUGAGGACGACGCCGGCGACGCUUCCCCUCCCCCGGCCGCCCAACUGCGUGCCUCUGAGCCCGCGUAGGCUCGAAACAGUCUCCUCUUCACCAUCCCCAGAGCUGCGGGGAGGGGACUCGCUCUCCCGGGAGCCGAAACGAAAAAACGCCGGUGCAGAAAGGAGCAAAGAGGAAGCCAGACAAAGGAGGAGAGAAAGAAAGGCUGCUACGGGUGGGGAGGUGACUGGCAGGCGGAGAGCAGCGUUUAGAGAAGCUCUGAGGGUUUUUCUGUCUUUCUCAGUCUAGCGUUUCGUUGCAUAUGGAGAGUCGUGUCGGUGAACCCAGGUUACUACUUGGAAGUUAAUAACUGAAGUACAACAUCAUUUUUUGUGAUGCCGGGGCCAGUAUCUUGAGAGAGAAGAAAGAAAAGGCAGCUACUCUGGUGCCAGCUUGAACUGUGUUGUGAAGGGGAAAGUUUGAAGGACGGGUUUUAUUUACCCUCUGUGGGACCUGUGCACGUUGACUAAGUACUAAGGGGAGACACUGUCUCGCAGAUUUGGAGCUUUGUGUCUUGCUCUUUACCUCUGUAUUUGCACUUUGAACUGUUAACAAAAAUGAGUGAGUUCUGGUUGUGUUUCAACUGCUGUAUUGCAGAACAGCCUCAGCCUAAAAGACGGCGGCGAAUUGAUCGGAGUAUGAUUGGUGAGCCAACAAACUUUGUUCACACAGCUCAUGUAGGUUCAGGAGAUCUCUUUAGUGGAAUGAAUUCGGUGAGUUCAAUUCAGAAUCAAAUGCAGUCCAAAGGAGGCUAUGGAGGAGGAAUGUCUGCAAACGUUCAAAUGCAGCUUGUAGAUACAAAGGCGGGAUAACUGGGGGACAUAUUUCCAGUCCUUGUGAAUUUCUGUACCUUCUUUCCUGUGUUCCUCUCUCUAUGCCUUGGUGACUGCUUCCUGUGCUCAUGAUGAGAGGAGUUGAUGGUUCGUCAUCCACCCCUUGUGAUUAAGCCAUUGAAACAUUCCUUUUCUGCUGUGAGGGUGACAUUUAUCAGACUGAUCUUGUCAUGCUUUUUAAGUGACAAGCAUACAUCUCACUGCUACCAAAACAUCUGUGGACAUAGUAUUGGUUGAAUUAUUUGGGGGGACUUUUUUCAUUUAUUCUCAGCAUUGUAAAACAAUAUUUUUAAGCAAUCUAAACAUGUAGUUUGGUGUUGGGUUGACCCUUUUUUUGUACUUCCUUUGCAAAGCCUUGUUUACAGCAUUCUCAUCUGUUGGUUUUUAAAAUCUGUAUUUCCUUCUCUGUAAUUAGAAGCAAGCAAGUUCCUAUUAAUAUGUUGAACCUCUCAUUAUUAAUAUAGUUUUUUUUUAAGGUCUGGGACCUGCAAGCACAAUAUCAUUUCAUACAGACAGAAAUCAUCAGAAUAUAUGAAUGCAUGCUUUGUGAAUUUGCUUGGUAUGGUGGCCUGUUGGGUGCCAAAAACAUUUUUUUAAAUGCCUGUUCUUGCAGAUGGAUUAUACUGUUGCUGAUUAAAAAGUAUUUCAAUAGCCCCAAAUUGUGCUAAUCUGUGGGGGGAAAGGACUUGUAACUUUUAGCUGCUUUGGAAAUACAUUGUCUUAGUUUUUUAUCCAACUGGUCUUGAAAUAAUAGAGAGCUUGCAUUCAUAAGGCAUUUUGUUGUAAAUGUUCAGUAUAUUUAUAUUGAAAGAGCUGACCUCAAGAUUGUAAGCCAGUGUAGUAUCGUACAUACUAAAUGUUGUGGUGGCGCUUUUGUCUGGUUAAAAAGGCAUUAUGUUGGCUACUUUUUCUUUACUUUAAUUUUCCUUUUUUUAAUGCUUAAUUUUAGGCCAUUCCAGCAUUGCCAGUAGCAGCAUGUUGAACUGCCUGCAACAGUAUAGCUGGAAUUUAGUUGACCUCUCUAAGUAGUUGGCAGUUUCCACGUACUAAAUAUUUAGGGGCCAUGUAAGUUGCUGAAAGCAACAUAGUAAUCUGGCAGAAAUGGAUGCCAGCAAAAAUAACACACAGGGUGGCUUUUUGGUAUAUUGGUAAAAAAGCCUUUUGCUCAGGUUCCACAGCAUGUUCCUCUUUCACAAAGUGUGAAAAUUGUGUUUUUAAUAUUGCACUGUUCUUGAAAUAUUUCUGUAAGUGGUCCUUUUCUUUUUUUUUGUUUUCCCCACCCUCAUGCCCCCUUGGUCAUAAGAAGCUGAAGUCACUUGAUUAAACACUAGCAAAAUAUUUUUUAAACCACAUUUAGAAUGCUCCUCAUGCAUUUUUAACAUCCUCACUGGCAAGUGGUAUUACUGAGCCUAAUUGGAGAAAUUCUUAAAGUGACAAGCACACACACAUGCACGGAAUUGGCUGCAUAUGCUCCAUUCAUUUCAACAGGGUUCAUAUAGGAACCUUAUGUAAUUAGCAUUGUUUUGUAGUAUUUCUCUCCAUUCCCAAUGAUAAUUUGUUGUGGGCAAACAUCAGAAUAAAAGGUAAUCACAUAUACACCUUUUUAAAAUUCCCUGGUACUACUCAAAAUAUUAACAUUUUUCAAAAAGGCAUCCAUUGGAUAAAGAUCCAAUUAUCCAGGAUAAAGAUCCUGCUGCCAAAGUCCCAAUCUGUUGAGGAAAUCAUCUGUGUAAACAUCUCUAAAAUGAGUAGAAGCAGUGGUUGUGUGCAUCUGUGCAAGCUAUUGCUCUACUCUACUCCAUUUCAAUGAGCUGAGUCCAGAAGAUGAUCCUGUUUGAUUCCCCAUCAAAUAAUCUUCACUAACUGGAGAUGCUGAUUUAUGAGGCUCAGUCUACUUUUGUCAGUUUUGGUCUAAUAUAUGACUACCUAAUGAAAGCUAUCUUAGGAGUUCAAUUGUGUAUGUUCCCAAAAAUGCUCUUCAAAAGGUUGUAGGAUUUCAGAAUUAUGUUCACCUUUGUCCUUGCUGUCUGAAAAUCAAUUUUACAAAGUAUUUGUUUUGUCCGGGGUGGGGGAAUCUUCAGCUCAGUCACCAGAAAAAAGAGACAUAUUUUUAUAACAAACAUCCUUUUUUUUGUACAUUAUGUUCAUUCUUAAAUAAUGUACGUUCAGUGUUGUCUUGUAGAUAUUAAAAGGAGAAUAUUGACUUUUGAUUCAAUAAAUGUUUUCUUUCA